GCAUGUGUAAGGCUUGUUUUCCUGUCACACCGGAGCCGCUGUUCACUGUAGAACCUCCUCUCAGCUCUCGCUUUGUUGUGGACUCAAAACAAAGAUGGCGGCUGGCGCCGUUUAAAUCCGGCCAUCAAUGAAGACUGAUUGGUGAAACUAGUCAGUGACUGAAGUGUGAUCAUGGAAUUUGAGGAGAUAAAACGGAAAGGUGUAAUGGAGAUGUCGGGUAUAGAGGGAGAGGUAGGUCUUGUGGCUGGUCGCAGUCAGAGGGAGAAAAGGCGCUCAUACAAAGAUUUAUUGAGAGAAGAAGAAGAAAUUGCUGCACAGGUGUGCAAAACUUUUAAGGGAAACAGUGAGGAUUCAGAGUUGAUAGUGAUGGGUGGAGAUGGUCACAAAAAGAAGAAGAAGCACUCAAGUGAUGAGUUCCAUUACAGAGACCACCAUGGCUCAGGCCCCCCUCAUAAGAAGAAGCGGAAGUCUUCUGAACGCUCACCUUCACGCUCAUCUUCAAGCUCCUCUCAGCCAACCCAUUCUACAGAUACUGCUAUGGGCCUCUUGCAGGCCAUCACCUCCCCAAUGGCCACGGGCUCUGAACCUGGCCCCAGCUUUAAUAAAAAACCCUCUUACCCUCUUCAAUCCUCACAUUUGUCCUCCAAAGACCGCAAGCGUGAGGGCAGCGCUAAGAGUGGUCAAUCUUUUCCCCACUCUUUCUCUCAAGCCCGCCAUUCAAGUUCGUCAACAUUUUCUAAGAAGCAUUCCUCAUCCUCUUCUUCUUGUUCUAAGUCAUCCUUGUUCCAUGCUGGAGCAGGGAGGGGUGAGCCACUUACACUGAGAGAUGGUGAGGGCCUGAAAAUGAAACUCAUCCUCUCACCCAAGGAGAAGAACGAUGGAGGAGAGUCGAAUGAAGGAUUACCGUUCCCUACACACCCUUCUACAGGGACCAUGGGGCAUCAUUCUUCCUCUGGCAUUAAAAAAAGUGGGAUAAAGAAGGAUAAAGACAGGGACCGAAUGAUGAUGUCUAAGCCAUCAAAAAAGAAACAGCAUGGCCGAGAGCCUCUGCCCAUGGUGGGGAAAGAAGUAGAAGUGGAGGGGCAGUAUGGUGGUGGGUCUUUGGCACAGGGAGGGGAUUGUUCAUCCUCAGGAGCGGAGUUAGAGGCAGGCGAACUGAUCAUUGAUGACUCCUACACUCACCUUUCAUCUAAAAAGAAGAAAAAAAGCAAAAAAAGCAAAAAGAAAAAGGACAAAGAGAAAGACAGAGACAGGGAUAAAAGCUCAAAAGAGAAGAAGCACAACAAAGGAGGAAAUGCAGAAAAGAAAGGAUUUAAGGGUAAGGGGGACUCGUCCAGAAGCCAUUCCCAUUCCCACAGCCUAUCCAAUCACAGUACCUCAUUAGGGACAUAUGCUAUGGCUCCAGCAGUCACCUUGCAUCAUCAUCAUCAGGGUGCUGACCUGAUGAUGGUGAAGAAGAAGAAAAAGGAGGAAAAAGAGAGGGACAAGCAUGACAAAGACAAGAAAAAGAAGAAGAGUACGACAGCUUAUCAGGUGUUCUGUAAAGAGUACAGGGUCAAUAUAAAUGCAGAACAGCCUGGACUUGUGUUUGGGGAGCUCAGCAAGAAGCUUGCAGAGGUUUGGAAGCAUCUACCUGAAAAAGACAAGCAGGUGUGGAAGCAAAAAGCUCAGUAUCUGCAGCACAAGCAGAUUAAAGCUGAGGCCACAACCAUCAAACAGAAGAUUUCCUCAUCAGAGAACAAAAUCAAGAGUUCUACUAAGGUUGUGGGUGUUGGGGCAGCUUUGACCACUCAAAGUCGCUCUUCUUUGAGCAUCCGGGUACCAGAGGUUGACCCCAUAGAUGCGGCUGCCCAUCUGCAGCUCCUUGGGGAAUCCUUAUCUCUUAUUGGACACAGGCUACAAGAGACAGAGGGAAUGGUAGCUGUGUCUGGUAGUCUCUCUGUCCUGCUAGACUCCAUUUUGUGUGCUCUUGGUCCAUUAACCUGCCUCACUGCUCAGGUCCCACAGCUGAAUGGCUGUCCCCGCAGCGUCUUGUCAAGCACGCUGGACAACAUAGCAUACAUCAUGCCAGGACUAUGAGACUGGAGAACAGAUGAUUUUAUUCCAAUUGCACUUCAUAAGAAACAGGACUUCGAAAACAACCUCAUUUUAGGAGCAUGAAACAAAACGACAAUGGACAAUUUUUGACAGUUUAUUUUUGUGAACAAUGCACCAAUCAGGUCUGGGACAAAAGCAUUGGACAUUUGUAGACAUAGAACUGUUUUUAAAUCUUAAAAUGUUUAAUAUUUUUAAAACUGUAAUUCUUUAAUAUUUUUUAAAAAUGGAUCUUAUUCUAGGGAACAAGUCUAUGUCAGGUUAUUUGAUUCCAUUAUUUUCGUAUUUUAGAGUGUGCCAGUGAGCGUAUGUAUGUGUGGAUGUUUGUGUGUUGUAUGAAAGUUGGCACACUUUUAUGUAAAGAGUUAUUUAUUUUUAUGCAGAUGUGUACAGUUUUAUGUUUUUUCUUUCUUUUUUUUAAAGGUUAAAUUAAUAGAAGCAAACUAAUUUUGCUGCAGUAGUCAUUUUACUGCCAAUGAUUUUAUACUUGUGAAAUGUAAUAUGUUAUAAUUUGUUUAUAGUAAAGUCAUGUAUGAAAUAA